AAAACAAUCAAAGAUAUGCCCAGGCCCAGAGAAUUGCCUGUUUUUGGAUCUCGAUUACAAUUGUGGGCAGCUGGAAAUCAAACUAAAUUGCAUAAUUAUAUAGAUGCGCGACAUAAAGAGCUUGGUCCUAUAUUUUAUGAAAAAUUAAACGGAACCACAAAUAUAGUUUUUGUAAGCGAUCCUGCAUUGAUAAAAUCACUUUUUAUGACUUUGGAGGGAAAAUAUCCACUUCAUAUUUUACCAGAACCUUGGAUAUUAUAUGAGAAGCUAUAUGGAUCCAAAAGAGGUCUUUUUUUCAUGAAUGGAGAAGAGUGGUUAACAAACCGUCGUAUAACGAAUAAACAUCUAUUAAAAGAUUCUGACGACUGGUUAGAAAAUGCUAUAAAUACCCCGAUACAACAAUUUAUUUCAGCAUGGAAGGACAAAUGCAAAAGCACUAGUUUCAUGCCUAAUCUAGAAUCUGACUUUUAUCGACUUUCUACAGAUGUGAUUAUUCAAAUAUUACUCGGCAGCAAAGAAUCAUUUAAUCGAAGCAAGUACUACGAAGAACUUUUAAACAUGUUUUCUGAAUCAGUUAAAAUGAUUUUCAUAACCACCACAAAAUUAUCUGCUUUUCCAUUACAUUUAUCCCAACAGUUAAACUUGAAAGUGUGGAGGGACUUCAAGGAUUGUAUCGAUUUAUCUACUGCAUUGGCACACAAAAUUGUCAAAGAAAUCAUAAGAAAGAGGCAUAAAAGUGAUGGUUUAAUUAACAAAUUGUGCAAGGAAAACAUUUCGGACGAUAAUAUUACAAAAAUUGCAGCAGAUUUUGUAAUAGCUGCGGGAGAUACGACGGCGUAUACAACACUGUGGAUAUUGCUGUUACUUUCAAGACACCCUAAAGUAAGCAAUGAGUUGAGAUCGAAUGACAAAAAUAAAAUACAACUCGUUAUUAAGGAAACGAUGCGAUUAUAUCCCGUGGCUCCAUUUUUGACUAGGAUAUUGCCUAAAGAAAAUAUUCUUGGAAAUUACAUUUUGGAUUCUGGGACCCCAAUUGUUGCUUCCAUUUUCACAUCUGGGAGGGAUGAGCACAAUUUUAGUCAAGCAGACAAAUUCCUGCCUUAUCGAUGGGAUAGGAACGACCCCAGGCGACAAGACUUAGCCAAGCAUGUACCAUCAGCUUCUUUGCCUUUCGCUAUGGGCGCCCGUUCUUGUGUGGGUAAGAGAAUCGCCAUGCUUCAGCUGACUGAAAUUAUUCACCAAAUAGUGCAGAACUUUGACUUGGAAUGCAUUAAUAGCUCUGAAGUAUCCCCCAUAAUGUGCCAAGUCUUGAUUCCUAAUCAAGACAUUCAGAUAAGAGUAUCUCCGAGAAAGCAAUGAAAGCUUGUGUUAUUGCAU